AUGCAAGCUCUCAAGGAAUCAAAUCCUGGAACUGUUGUUGAGUGGAGGUUGUUAGAGAGUACGGUUCCUGGAACACAUAUUUUUCAACGAGUCUUUUGGGCAUUCAAGCCAUGUAUUGAUGGAUUCCGUCACUGCAGACCCCUUAUCACCAUUGAUGGCACUCAUUUAUAUGGCAAAUACAAAGGCACUCUACUUAUUGCUAUGGGAACGGAUGCCAAUUUUCAACUAUUCCCCCUCGCUUUUGCGGUUGUCGAAGGAGAGAACAAUGAUAGCUGGUCUUGGUUCAUGGCUUCAAUGGAAGAAGUUGGAAGUGGUUGGGAGGAGCCCAAUGCCUACCACAAGUACUGUACACGACACUUGGCUUCUAAUGUGAAUUCAAAAUUUAAAAGUGUCGUCAUAAAGAACCUCUUUGGCAAAGCAGCUACUGCAAGGCAGAAGAAGAAGUUUGAUUACUACAUCAACAAAAUUGAUGACUUGAAUGUAGAGGCCCGUAGGUACUUGAUGGAAAUUCCGUAUAGUAAGUGGUCCAUUCAUCAUGAUGGUGGUUUCAGGUUUGGUGUGAAGACUGCAAACAUGUCGGAAGUUUUCAACGGAGUCUUAAAGGGGGCUCGAUGUCUCCCGAUAACCGCUUUAGUGCAAAUGACCUUUUUCCGGGUUAACUCCUAUUUUGCAACUAGAAGAAGUUGGAGUAAAAGAAGACUUGAAGAGGGUCAUGAGUUAUCGGAAAAGGCUAUGAAGACAAUAGAAGCCAACAUGGAGAAAGCCACGCACCAUGAGGUUGUUGCUUUUGACUAUGAUGCCAUCGGGUUGUAUCAGGUUAGGACUGGUCGUGGAAGGAGAAAAGCUGGUAAAGGUGGUAACUCCCACACUGUGAAUCUGUUGAGCAAGACAUACUUUGUAGAUUCUUUUUUCACGACCGCCGAGUAUAGGCGUUCAUACGCGAAGUGUUUCGCACCAGUUCCUGAUCCUUGCCACUGGUCAGCUUACAAUGGGCCUACUACUAUGGCCAACCCAGAUUUGAAAAGAGGCUCAGGCCGACAGUCCACUAGAAUUCGAAAUGAAAUGGAUGAGCGUCCUUAUCGUGUGAAGAAGGCAUGCAGUGUUUGUCGGCGACCUGGGCAUAACAAGAAGACAUGUCCUACUCUUAUUGGUGGUGUUGGAUCAUCUGGGUAA